AUGCCCCACCGAUCCAACUCACAGGCGCCAUCCCGCGGUCAAUCGAACUCACGAACGCUCGCCGAGGCACAAGAGGCCGCCGCUGAAGCACGCAGAGCAGCAUUUCUACGACUUUCUCAACGACAAGGGCUGGGGGGGCCGGCAAAUAGUUUUCUGCAAGAAUUGAAUGAAGAAUCUGACAAAACCGAAGAUCCCUCCGAUGAAGAAGAUCACCAAAGACAUGACAAUGCUGCCAACCCGUUUGAUCCCCUUCCUGUAAACUCAAAUGAUUCCAAUCCCGAGCGCAAUGACAGCGGACUUGAAGAGCAUUCAGAAUACUAUUGCCUUUGA